AAUUCUUGGUUCUUUUUUUGUUGUUGUUUUGAUUAAACUUCAAUUGGUAAGAUCCAGUGAAAUCUUAAAAUCACUUUUUUGAUGAUAUUUUGAGGAAGAAAUCGAUCGAACAGGUGUUGUAAAAAUUUUUUUAUGCGGAGUUGAGGAGGGAAGAGAUGAUGAACAUGUAUAAAUCGGUGGUGUAUCAAGGUGAGGAGUUGUUGGGGGAGGUUGAGGUAUACCCACAACUACAGCACGGAGGAGGAGAAGUGAAGGAAAUCAGGAUAGGGUACUUGUCGCAAGCUAGUGAGAGGUGUCCACCACUGGCAGUUCUACAUACCAUUACUCCAUGUGGGAUUUGCUUCAAAAUGGAAUCAAAGCACUCCAUCUCUAAGGACACGCCGCUGCAUCUUUUGCAUUCAUCCUGUAUCAGAGACAACAAGACAGCAGUAAUGCCUCUAGGAGCAGAGGAGCUCCAUUUGGUUGCCAUGUAUUCUAGGAAUGAUGACAGACCAUGUUUUUGGGGUUUCAAUGUUGCAACUGGUCUCUACAACUCAUGUCUUAUCAUGCUCAACCUCAGAUGUCUUGGAAUUGUGUUUGAUCUGGAUGAAACUCUUAUAGUUGCAAAUACAAUGCGUUCAUUCGAUGACAGAAUAGAGGCUUUGCAGCAAAAAAUAACCACAGAGGUGGAUCCACAGUGUGCUGCUGGUAUGCUUGCUGAGGUGAAACGUUAUCAAGAGGAUAAGAUCAUAUUGAAGCAGUAUGCUGAAAAUGAUCAGGUUGUUGAAAAUGCGAAAGUGAUAAAGACUAAGUCAGAGGUUGUACCGGCCUUAUCUGGCAGCCACCAAACUAUUGUCCGUCCACUCAUACGAUUACGAGAGAAAAACAUUAUUCUCACACGUAUCAAUCCACAGAUUUGUGACACAAGUGUUCUUGUGAGGUUGAGACCUGCAUGGGAGGAUCUGCGUAGCUAUUUGACUGCAAGAGGUCGCAAACGUUUUGAAGUUUAUGUUUGCACAAUGGCUGAAAGGGAUUAUGCAUUGGAAAUGUGGAGGCUUCUUGAUCCAGAGUCAAAUCUCAUAAAUUUGAAAGAAUUGUUGGACCGUAUUGUGUGUGUCAAGUCUGGUACAAGGAAGUCAUUGUUCAAUGUCUUUCAAGAUGGAAUAUGUCAUCCAAAGUUGGCAUUGGUAAUUGAUGACCGCUUAAAAGUUUGGGAUGAGAAAGAUCAGCCCCGGGUUCACGUGGUCCCUGCAUUUGCCCCAUACCAUGCCCCUGAAGCUGAAGUGAAUAAUGCUAUAUCUGUACUGUGUGUUGCAAGAAAUAUUGCUUGCAAUGUUAGGGGUGGCUUUUUCAGAGACUUUGAUGAGGGUCUUUUGCCAAAAAUUCCUGAAAUCUCAUAUGAAGAUGAUAUGAAAAAUAUUCCUUGUCCUCCUGAUGUGAGCAACUAUUUAGUUUUGGAGGAUGACACUUCUGCUUCAAAUGGAAACAGAGAACCACUUUCUUUUGAUGGGAUGGCAGAUGCCGAGGUUGAAAGAAGAAUAAAGGAGGCCGUUUCAGUUGCUUCAAUGGUGUCUCCAGCAGCCAUUGGUCUAGAUUCAAUACUUGCUCCUUCUAUUCAGUACACAAUGCCAUCCUCAUCUGGUCCAAUUCCACUGCCAGCAGCUCAACUGUCAAUAACAUCAUUUCCCAAUACUCAGUUUUCUAAUGCAGCAAUAUUAGUUAAACCAUUGGGUCAUGUAGGGCCUCUGGAACCAAGCUUGCAAAGUUCUCCUGCAAGAGAAGAGGGUGAGGUUCCAGAAUCAGAAUUAGAUCCUGAUACUAGGAGGAGGCUUCUCAUAUUGCAACAUGGGCAAGAUACUAGAGAGCACACAUCAAGUGAAUUGCCUUCUCCUGUAAAACCUCCACUGUCGAUUCCACAUGUGCAGUCAAGGGGAAGUUGGUUUCCAGUGGAGGAAGAGAUGAGCACACGGCAGCUGAAACCAACAGUUACUAAAGAAUUUUGUUUAGAUACUGAACCUAUGCGUGUUGAUAAGCACCAACCUCAUCGUCCAUCCUUUUUCCCCAAGGCUGAGAGUUCUAUCCCAUCUGAUAGAAUUCUUCAUGAAAAUUCAAGAUUGCCAAAAAAGGCAGUUUACAGAGAUGGUCGGUUAAGGUUGAACCAUAUGGUGUCUAGUUACAACUCCUUCUCAGGUGAGGAGAUACCCAUUCGUCAAUUCUAUUCUAGCAACAUGGAUUUUGAUUCUGAAUCUGAGCAAGCUAUUUCUAGUGGAGAAACCCCAACUGCUGUGUUACAGGAUAUUGCAAUGAAGUGUGGAACCAAGGUUGAAUUCAGGCCAGCUUUAGUUGCUAGCACAGGGCUGCAGUUCUCCAUUGAGACUCAGUUUGCUGGAAAAAAAAUUGGUGAAGGAUUUGGUAGAACAAGAAGAGAAGCACAACAGCAAGCCUCUGAAUGUUCUAUAAAAAAAUUAGCUGAUAUAUACAUGUCACGAACAAAGUCUGAUUCUGGGAAUGCAAGUUGGCAGAUUAAUGCAAACAAUAAUGGAUUUCUUGGUACAUUUGGGAAUCAUUCAUUGGCUAAAGAUGAAUCCUUUUCAUCUGCAUCAGAGUCAUCUAGGCUUGUUGAUCCAAGGCUGGAUAGCUCCAAGAAAUCCGUGGAUUCAGUCUCUGCACUUAAAGAAUUGUGUAAGAUGGAGGGUCUAGGGGUGGCUUUUCAAGCACUGCCUCCAUCUUCAUCAAACUCGGGACAGAAGGAUGAAGUGUAUGCUCAGGUUGAAAUAGAUGGACAGGUUUUAGGAAAAGGAACUGGGUUCACAUUGGAUGAGGCAAAGAUGCAGGCUGCUGAAAAGGCCCUUGGAAGUCUACAAUUGAUGCUUGGUCAAUUUUCUGGAAAACGUCAGGGUUCUCCAAGGUCAUUGCAAGGUAUGUCAAGCAAGCGUUUAAAGCCAGAGUUUCCACGAGUUAUGCAAUGUAUGCCCUCUUCUGCUGGUAGAUAUCCCAAGAAUGCUCCUCCUGUUCCUUGAAAGACAUAAAAACCCAAUUUCUUCCCACUUUAUAUGAUGACACAGCUGUUGGGACAUCUGUACAAUAACCGAUGUAUGCAAAGGACGAGAGCUUUUGAGAUCCACUAGCCAAGUUGACCAUCAACCAUUUGGUUUCCUCCUGCCUUAUAAUGUUCUGAAACCCAACAGAUUUCUCUCAUCAUUUCAAAGUCUCCUUGAAGCAUGGUUGGAUGUUUUGCUGCACACGGGACCGUUGUAUGAGACAGACAUCCAUGUUUCUGAACUUCCUGUCAACUGCUGCAUCAAUUCACGCAACCAACCAUCCAGCCAGAAGGAUGAUAACUCAUUAACUCCUCAUUAUAUCAGCUUGUCUCCUGGGAAUGUUCAAGAGUCUGAAAGUGGACAAAGUGCAGCUAUGUAGACCCUAUGCUUCUCUCGAGUGCUUGAUGCCCCUGGUGCCAAAAUUGUAGCUGGGGUUUUGUUGUAAAAUACUGAAAGUUUUUCCAUGUCUUUAGAAUACAGAUUAAGGUUAAAUUAUUGUAAUUUUUAGUAAAUAUAAGUUAUACAA